GCUAUGACGAGAAGGCUUCGGACGAAUUUGACAUGCAUUAAAUGUUCGGAUGAUAAUGGUCUCUUCAGGGACUCAUCUCUCCGUCCUUUGCGGCGUUUUUGUGCUUUUGGUGGACCGGGGACAAUCUUUCCAACAGCCAAGCGGAUUUAAUCAGCAGACGCCCCGGCAACAGCCAAGCGGAUUCCCUCGGCAAACGCCCAAUACUGGAAAGGUCUAUAAGUGUGCGCUCCUAGCAACGCCUGGCGGGUCGAACGGGCAGGACGUGAUGGCGGGCGGGAAGGACAUCAUGCACGACGAGCCGUGCAAGGGCUUCGGGCCGCACACCCGCUCCCACCAGAACAGCGGCCGCCGAGAAGGAUGUCGGAAAGCGGCCUACGCGUUGGCACAACUCGGGGCCAGGACAGAAUGUGGAAUGAUCGUCCACGGGCAGUGCAUCCAGGCACCCGAUGGGAGCGACGCCGCUUGCUACGUCCUCGGAAAGAAGAGUGACGGCACCUUCAUCUUGAAGCUCCUCAAGGACUGCGCCGACCCCAACCCCAACCCCCAGCCCCCGAACCAGUCCACAUCCAGCACUGGCGCCACUGGUGAUGAAUGAGCCAGGUGGACCUCAACUUCCACGAGCUCCGCAAUUUGACGUAUUUCUAUCAAACAGAACUAUGUGCAGGUGAGAAAUAUGGGGUGUGCUCUAGGAAGCUGCAUAAGAAACAAUGUAAAAGUGCGCGUGAUUCCUUUUGAAUAAUUGGGAAAGUGGGAUUUUAAAUUCAGCGAACAGAACUGUAUGCCAACUGAAUGCGGGACUCAUGAGCCGCGGGCAUGGCACGAGAACGAUGUGAACAGGGCUCAUGAGUUAAAGCGCCCCAACGACGAUCACCCCCUCGCGCCACAGCUCGAUCAUUGCCGCUGACGUCACUGGCGCUUUAUUAUUCUCAUUCACUCUCACGGCCAGAGAAUUAACGAGCACACCCCAUAUUUCUCACCUGCACAUAAAUCUGUUUGAUAGAAAUACGUCCAAUUUAGAAUGCUUUCAUAGGUAAAGUAAGGUCACUGUACAAGCUGAUUAUUGAAAUUGAUAGGCAAAGUGAAGAUUUAGGCGAGGAAGAGACAUGGAAAUUGGAGCGAUCCUAUUGGUUGAAGUGAAUGCCUAUUGCAUUUUCCUCCUUAGCCUUUAAAGGCUAGGGGGAAAACUGAUGGACUGCAUACAGGGUGUCUUGUGGGUUGCAUCAGCUAAGCUAUUAUUCACCUCUUUUGCCCAUUGCAAGCACCCAAUUCCAUCAAAAAGACCGCUCCAUUUUCCUUUGUCGUCUUAUUUGUCGAUCAAUUUCAAUUGUCAGUCCGAUGGGGAUCCACUUUUGACUGACUCAGUUAUCAUAUGCUUCAUGGAGUUGCGAAGAUAAAAAAAGUGGUGGACAUUGCAUGCACAUUGCAUAUGAUUCAAACGUGCAGAACAUUUUUUAAUACACCCUAGUGUUGAAAAUCGUGAGCUGGGUAGGCGGUUUUCUGGAGGGAAGAAGGGCGGUAUGAACUUUUCCUACAAUUUCAUGAGUCAAUAAAGAAUCCACUUAUACAUGUUUAUGUUUGAAGUGUAAAUGAAAGAGGGUUAGGGCAUGAUAUGGAACAAAACAUAAAUACAUUUUGAGAAUAGCAGGAAAA